UAAUACAUGAAAGGAGGAGAUUAAAGAGCAUAAGACUCAUAAGAUUAAAUGUCAACUGUAGAGGUGAGAUCAAAUCGUAUGGAGCUUCUUGCCAUGAUUUGGUUCUACUGCUGUGUUGUACUGAAAACUAGUAGUGCAACAGACACCAUGUUUCCAAAUCAGCCUCUCAAGGAUGGUGACACCCUUGUUUCAGAAGCUGAAAUAUUUGAACUGGCAUUCUUUGGCCUUGGGAAUUCAACUUCUCGGUACCUAGGGAUACGGUAUAAGCAUGUGCCAGACAGUACCAUCGUAUGGGUUGCUAAUAGAGAGGUUCCACUUGCUGACCGCAUUGGUGUACUCAAAAUCAAUGACCGAGGAACUUUACAGCUUCUCAAUCUUAGAAAUACCUCAAUUUGGUCAUCCAAAUCCUCCAAACCAGGGACAAAUAUGAAUCCUGUGGCACAGCUAUUGGAUUCUGGAAAUCUAGUCAUCAGAGAUGAUAUCAGUGGUGACCUCAUUUGGCAAAGCUUUGAUCAUCCUGGAGACACUUGGCUACCAGGAAUGAAAAUCGGUGUGGACCGUGUAAUGGGCACAAAAAGGAGGCUGACAUCAUGGAAGACUUCUGAUGACCCUUCAUCAGGUUCUUAUUCAGUUUGGAUGGACAACAUUGGAUAUCCGCAAUUGUAUACUGCUGAAGAUGGAUCAAACAUGCAACCGCAGAGGGUUGGAUAUUGGAAUGGGUUGGGGUUUACUGGGUUGCAUGGUUUGGAACGCAACAUCUUCUACGCGUUUGACUUUGUUUCAACUGAUGAGGAGAAUUACUACAACUUCACACUGUUAGACAGUUCAUAUCUUACAAGGGUAAGAUUGGAUCAACAAGGCAACGUUUUGCAGUUUGUUUGGGACAAGACAGAUGAAAAAUGGAGGGUAUAUAUGGAGCUUUUCGUGGAUGCUUGUGACAGGUACGCUGUAUGUGGUUCUUAUGGAAGCUGUAACAUCAAUAAUGCGCCAGCAUGUGCGUGUUUACAAGGAUUUGAACCAAAGCUGCCAAUGGAAUGGUCCAUAGCAGACUGGUCAAAUGGGUGUAAGCAUAAAAUAUCGGCGACUGAUGAAAAUGGGGAAAACUUCAGGAAAUUUACAAACCUGAAAUUGCCCGACUCAAGGUAUUCAUGGUUUGAUACUACCAUUUCCCUUGAGGAAUGUGGGAAACUUUGUGCUCGCAAUGGCUAUUGUACAGCUUAUGCAAACAUUGAUGUUAGAGGGAGCGGAAGUGGAUGUUUACAGUGGUCAGGUGAGCUGUUUGACAUCAGAGACGCUCCGGAAGGAGAUGUUUCAGGGCAAGACAUCUACAUAAAAAUGUCCAACACCAACAACUUAAUUCCAGACAAGAAGAAGAAAUCGAACACGAAUCUUAAAGUGACCAUGUCAAUAGUAUUUGCAGUGGCCCUACUUGGCUUUGCACUGAUACUAUAUGCAUGGAGAAAGUUGAAGAAAUCACAUGCAAACAAGAACAAGAAGCAAGAUUCUGAUCUACCUUUGUUCAGCUUGAGUAAGAUAAUCAAGGCCACCAGUAAUUUUUCAAUCCACAAUAAACUAGGACAAGGAGGUUUCGGUGCAGUUUACAAGGGUGUGCUUGAUGAAGGAGGAGAAAUAGCUGUGAAGCGGCUGUCAAAGACAUCAAAGCAAGGCCUUGUUGAGUUCCAGAACGAAGUUAAAUGCAUUGCCAAGCUUCAGCAUAGGAAUCUUGUGAAGCUUUUGGGAUACUGCAUACAAGGAGAGGAAAUGAUGUUGAUUUAUGAAUACAUGUCCAACAAAAGCUUGGACUCUUUUUUAUUUGAUGAAAACAACUCCUUGUUACUCAACUGGCGUCAACGCUACCACAUUAUCAAUGGGAUUGCUCGAGGUCUUCUUUAUCUCCAUCAAGAUUCCAGGCUUAGAAUAAUCCAUAGAGAUCUAAAAGCAAGCAACAUUUUGCUUGAUUCCAACAUGAACCCAAAAAUAUCAGACUUUGGCUUGGCUAGAAUGUUCAAAGAAUAUGAGACCGAAGCUAACACAAACAAAGUUGUUGGUACAUUGGGUUACAUCUCUCCAGAGUAUGCAGCGAAUGGGCUUUUCUCAGUGAAAUCAGAUGUAUUUAGCUUUGGUGUUUUGGUGUUGGAGAUUGUGAGUGGGAAGAAAAACAGAGGAUUCUCUCAUCAAGAUCACCAUGAUAACCUUCUCGGGCAUGCAUGGAGACUUUACAAGGAAGACAAACCUCUGGAGCUGGUUGACACAGCCUUAGGGGACUCAUGGGUUGUUUCAGAAGUAUUGCAAUCAAUACAUGUUGGUUUAUCAUGUGUGCAACAACAUGCAGAUGAUAGACCAAUUAUGUCCUCUGUGAUUCAUAUGCUGAGUGGUGAGGGUGCACUACCUCCACCACAACCACCUGGCUUUUUCACACAAGUGCCUAACCCUGAAGUUAAGUCUAACUUAAUCAUGCCAGAAGUUUUGGUUUCAGUCAAUGAAGUCACAAUUACACAAUUUGAUGCUCGAUAAUUACAUAAAGGUGUAGACCCAUGAGCCAUGACCAAUUACCUAAUCUGUAUUCAGUGGUUUGCACACAAACCGCCUUUCUGUUUCCUUUUCUCUUGGUGAAUCGAGUAUGAAACAUCAAGAUUUCUCUUCACGUCCCUCCCAUGAUCUUAUUAUAUAUUCAAUGUGAUUAAGUACAGAGCUUAUAGAAAACCCAGUCCUGAUUUGGAACUUAAAUGACUUCAUUCUAACCCAUCAGAGUUGUAAGCAACAGCGAUAUCACAUACCAUCUGUAUAUAAAAGCUAACAUCUUGGUUAGCCACAAUUGAAAUGUGGAAAUAGGCUAUAACAAUAACAUAUUCAAAUUUAUGGUCUUGCAAACGACAUUUUUUCUUUGAGAACUUUCAACAAACACGUAAUGGGCAAUGUAGGUUACAAUCAACAAUCGGAAUCUAAUCAAGAUUGGGAAAGUUGCAGCAGAUUUAAUGUGAUGAUUCAGAUAUUACCUUAUUAUCUCAAGCAAUUCCUACCAUUUUACAGCCCCAUUACGAUUCACGGCUAACGAUCAAUAUCAAGACCGGGUCAUGGAGGACGGAUACAUGAAUUUUGUUUGAAUUGCCAGCUGGGCUUUUUCCCCAACCCAAACAAGAAUGAAAUAUGAUGGGGCCAAAAUGAACAGCAAACAGAAUAAUACAAUAUGAGAAAAGGAAAAAAUGGCUAUUUUUUAAGCUUUAAAUAGCAAACCAAAUAUUAUAUGAAUCGUUGUGUCCUUGCCGUGCCUUCGAAAAUUGUUGUUUUAGCUUGUUACCAAUUAUAUAUGUAUAUUAAAAUUCUUGUGCCUUAGCUAUUACCUACAGUUAAGUUGCAAAGGUUUUGGCAGUUUUGGUCCUUUGUCUUUGGACCUGUUUACAAUUGUUCUUAGUUUUUAUAGGGGACAUCUUUUGCCAAUAUGUGUAUUCUUUUGUGGAUACGUGACAUAAAACUCGGUGUGACAUACAUACGUGUAUUCCAUUUAUAAUCCACCGCUUCUCAUAUCCAAUACCAUAUCGACAAGUUUUUUUAUCACCGCCUCUAUUUCUUUGGUAUACCAAUAGUAUCCUAUUUUCCUUCUCCUGUUUCUCAUUCGUUCCAGAAACCUCUUAUACAUUGCUUCUCACAAACAAACUUCCUCCCUCACCGGUGGCUUUCGACGACACCGAUGCCUCCAACACCCACUGGUAUCGUUUUCCCACGCCUCAUUCUCCACACUUCCACUUCCCUUUGUAUCGUCCUGAUGAAAACCAUCUGAGCAACCGUCAACCUCACCUCCGUUACUCACCGUUACAUACCUUCUUCUUUUGAGAAUCGUUCGCUUCAACUUCUACAGUAUCAGCAACCUCUUCUUCGUCUGCUCAUCGGCUAACAUAUUUGUUCGGGAAUGUUUUCAGGGUUUUGAAAUCCCCAACGUUGGUGGGUAAAGCACAGAACACCGCCUCCCUUCUUCCAAGCUGCUCGCUUUGAUUUCUUCCGCCUCCGGUGUUUUCAUCUCGAAUCAGGUAACUAAUAAUGUCUAACUCUUUGUCUUCUACUCUACCACGCCUCCUCCACUCAGAUGUCUUGUAAUUGUUCUUUCAUGCCGAUUAUGGUUUCUUCAAAGGUUGUUCUCCAUUCCACCCUUUAAUAUUUAUGACGUAUAGUAUAUACGAGCUAUUAAUUUAUCUGUCGUAGACAAUAUCUUUUAACCCUAGAUGUUGUGACAGGAUACAUACACCAAUCAUCUCUUCGUCUAUUUCAAAAGUAGGGCUUUUCGCCUGAUUUCCUUUCUUCUUCUGGUUCAAGCCUAAGGUCUGUUCAAAACAUGCUCUGAUUUGUUAUUCAUUUUUUGUUAUUUUUUUGUCCUAUCAAGAGCUCGAUUCUGACUGCUAUUCACACGGGAUCUACAACAAUGGAGUUCCUGCUUACAACCCUGAAUUUCAUUGUUAUGUACACCGGAUAUGGGCCAGAACAAUAUUGAAGGACUGAUAUCGACUAUGGAAUUCAAUCAAUGACAGUUUAUGUUGAAGGGUGUUGAAACAAAAAGAGUAGAUGCUCUUGGAUGUUAUUUGUUGGCAGAAUAUCCACCAGAAGUGAGCCAUAAAUAGAUUCAGAUGACGGUUGCAAAUUUAAGGUUGUCUGUGAGUUUGAUUGGGAGCUGGAUGAAUUUGAGGAAUUUGUGAAGGAAAAGGUUCGAGAAAGAAAGAGAGCUAAUCGUGAGGCAAGGGAAAAGAGGAAGAAUGCUCGAGAGUCAUUGAGUAAAGAGAAAGUUGAGGCAUAUGAGAAGAUGAAAUUUUACAAAUUUUAUCCUGUAGCCACACCUGAUACCCCUGAUGUCUCACAAGUCAAGUCUCCAUUCAUAAAUAGGUAUUAUGGAAAGGCACAUCAAGUAAUUUGACCAGAAUACCCUUGUGGCCUUAAUACAAGAAACAUAAAUGUAGUUUAGUUGAUUUUGAUUUUGUUAUUGAUAGUUUGAUAUAGCUUGAAAUUUUGGUUGCACAAAACCUGAUACACAUUCAUCCCCAUCUAAUCCCACCAAAAAAUAACCAAAUCCAGAUAUGAUUACUAAUUAUAAUGUUCGAUGUGAUUUACUUC